AUGGGCACCAGGGGAGCGGUCAUGCCCCCUGCUGUGUGGGGGCUACUGGGCUGCUGUUUCAUCUGUGACUGGGCUCUGGGGGGUCCGCGGCCCCUCCACUCUCUGCCCCCUCUGUCUUCCCAAGUCAAGCCAGGAUCUGUGGCCAUACGGGUACCCCCAGAUGGGGCCGAGGCCGCCCUCACUUAUCUCUACUCUGGAGAUGCCCAGCAGCUGUCACAGGCAAAUUGCAGUGAGCACUAUGAAGCGCGUGGGGCAGGAGCCUUGCCAGGGCUCCCCCCAAUCCUACAGGGAGCAGCGGGGACCCUUGCCCAGGCCGCCAAUUUUCUUAACAUGCUGCUGCAAGCCAACGACAUCCGUGAGUCCAGUGUGGAGGAGGAUGUGGAAUGGUACCAGGCACUGGUCCGCAGCGUGGCCGAGGGGGACCCAAGAGUGUACAGGGCUUUGCUGACCUUUAACCCUCCACCAGGGGCCAGCCACCUACAGCUGGCCCUGCGGGCCACCCGGACUGGGGAGGAAACCAUCCUUCAGGACUUGUCUGGGAACUGGGUGCAGGAGGAGAACCCACCUGGGGACCUGGACACCCCUGCCCUGAAGAAGCGGGUGUUGACCAAUGACCUAGGGAGCCUCGGCAGCCCCAAGUGGCCACGGGCCGAUGGAUAUGUGGGGGACACACAGCAGGUGAGGCUGUCUCCUCCUUUCCUGGAGUGCCAGGAGGGACGGCUCCGACCUGGCUGGCUGAUCACACUCUCUGCCACCUUCUAUGGACUCAAGCCAGACCUAAGCCCAGAGGUCAGGGGGCAGGUGCAGAUGGACGUAGAUCUCCAGAGUGUGGACAUCAAUCAGUGUGCAAGUGGCCCAGGCUGGUACUCUAACACACACCUCUGUGAUCUCAACAGCACCCAGUGUGUCCCCCUGGAGAGUCAGGGCUUUGUUCUUGGCCGCUAUCUCUGCCGCUGCCGACCUGGAUUCUACGGGGCAAGCCCCUCUGGGGGGUUAGAGGAGAGUACUUUCCAGACUACCGGGCAAUUCGGGUCCCCAGAAGGCACAUCUGGGAGACUGCUACAGUGCCUGCCAUGUCCUGAGGGCUGCAUCAGCUGCAUGGAUGCCACACCGUGCCUGGUGGAAGAGGCCGUGGCUCUGCGGGCCGCCGUGCUGGCCUGCCAGGCCUGCUGCAUGCUGGCCAUCUUCCUGAGCAUGCUGGUCUCCUACCGCUGCCGCCGGAACAAGAGGAUCUGGGCAUCUGGAGUGGUCCUGCUGGAAACUGUCCUUUUUGGAUUCCUGCUGCUUUACUUUCCUGUCUUCAUCCUAUACUUCAAGCCCAGUGUAUUCCGCUGCAUCGCUCUUCGCUGGGUGCGGCUGCUGGGUUUUGCCAUUGUCUACGGCACCAUCAUACUCAAGCUUUACAGAGUGCUGCAGCUCUUUCUAUCUCGAACGGCCCAGCGGAACGCCCUUCUGAGCAGCGGGCGGCUGCUGCGGCGCCUGGGGCUGCUCCUGCUACCUGUGCUGGGCUUCCUGGCUGUGUGGACCGUGGGUGCCCUGGAGCGAGGCAUCCAGCACGCACCUCUGGUGAUCCGAAGCCACACUCCCACUGGCCGCCAUUUCUACCUCUGUCACCAUGACCGCUGGGACUACAUCAUGGUUGUGGCCGAGCUGCUGCUGCUGUGCUGGGGCAGCUUUCUCUGCUACGCCACACGGGCUGUGCUCUCGGCCUUCCACGAGCCGCGCUACAUGGGCAUCGCCCUGCACAAUGAGCUGCUGCUUUCCACUGCCUUCCACACGGUGAGGUUUGUGCUGGUUCCCUCCCUGCACCCGGACUGGACCCUCCUCCUCUUCUUCUUCCACACCCACGGCACAGUCACCACCACGCUGGCUCUGAUCUUCAUCCCUAAGUUCUGGAAGCUGGGGGCUCCUCCCAGAGAGGAGAUGGUGGAUGAGGUGUGCGAGGACGAGCUGGACCUGCAGCACUCAGGCUCUUACCUCGGCAGCAGCAUCGCCUCAGCCUGGAGCGAGCGCAGCCUGGACCCUGGAGACAUUCGGGACGAGCUGAAGAAGCUCUAUGCCCAGCUAGAGGUCCAUAAAACCAAGGAAAUGGCUGCAAACAACCCCCACCUGCCCAAAAAGCGGGGCAGCUCACGCCAGGGGCUGGGCCGCUCCUUCAUGAGGUGCCUGGCGGAAUUCCCCGAAGCCCUGGCCAGGCAGCACUCCCGGGACUCAGGCUCCCCGGGCCGCGGCAGCCUGCCCGGCUCCUCCCGCCGUCGGCUCCUCAGCUCCAGCCUCCAGGAACCAGAGGGGACACCGGCUCUGCGCAAGUCCCGCAGCACCUAUGACCAGCGCAGGGAGCAGGACCCGCCUCUUCUUGACUCACUGCUGAGGAGGAAACUGGCCAAGAAGGCCUCUCAAACAGAGAGCCGGGAGUCGGUGGAGGGGCCCCCUGCCCUGGGCUUCAGGUCAGCCAGCGCCCACAACCUGACGGUGGGAGAGAGGCUACCCAGAGCCCGGCCCGCCUCUCUGCAGAAGUCGCUCAGUGUGGCUGGCUCCAGGGAAAAGGCCUUGCUCAUGGCCAGCCAGGCCUACCUGGAGGAGACCUACCGGCAAGCAAAAGAGCGGGAGGAGCGGAAGAAGGCCGAGGCGGCCAUGGCCAGCCUGGUGCGGAGGCCAUCGGCCAGGAGGCUGGAGCGGCCUCGAGGGGCCCCCCUGUCAGCUCCACCUUCCCCUGCCAAGAGCAGCAGCAUGGACAGCUCUCAUGCCUCUGGGAGGCUUCAUGAGGAGGCUGGGAGAAGGCUGCCUCACCCACCCAUCCGGCACCAGGUCUCCACCCCCACCUUGACCCUGUCUGGGACCUGCCUGGGAGAGCCAAGGAUGCUAUCUCCCACCUCCACCUUGGCUCCAGCUCUGCUGCCGGCUCUAGCUCCAACCCCAGUCCCUGCCCCGGCACCAGUCCCAGUACCCCCUCAAAGCCCCAACUUACUCACCUACAUCUGCCCCUGGGAGAACGCAGAACUGCCUGUCAAGAAAGAAAAUGUGCCCCAGGAAGGCCCCUCAGGGCCAGAACAAGGACACCACUCCCCUGCCCCAGCUCGAGCCAGGCUCUGGAGGGCCCUCUCUGUCGCAGUAGAGAAAAGCAAGGCUGGGGAGAAUGAGAUGGACGCAGAGGACGCACAUCACCAGAGGGAAGCUAACGAUGCAGACGAAGACAGGCCCAAGAUCUUCCCUAAAUCCCACAGCCUCAAGGCCCCUGUUCAGCAGGGUUCCAUGCGCAGCCUGGGGCUGGCGAUUAAAGCUCUGACCCGUUCUCGGAGCACCUACAGAGAGAAGGAGAGAGUGGAGGAGAGUCCCAAGGGGCAGAACAGCGGGACUGUGGGAGAGAGUGUGGGGGCACCCUCCCGAUCGCCCAGGCUAGGCCGGCCCAAGGCAGUGAGUAAGCAGGCCGCUCUUGCUGCCUGCGAUGAUGAGGCGUCCCUCCAGAACCAACAGAAUGCUCACACCAGCAGGAUGCUCCAAGUCUGUCAACAGGAGGGCAGCAGGGAACAAGAAGACAGAGGCAGGAGGACAUCCCAGGGUCUAGGGGAGCAGAAAGCUGAGAGAACAGGUAAAACAGGGCUUGCCGCGCUGAGGCAAGUUUCCAGGGACAAAAAUGUCAAGCAAUCAAAGGACGCCCCUGUUGGGUGGCAGGAACUGCCCAAAGUUGGCAUCCAGUCCCCGGGCAGUGUUGACCACAGGGUGGCAGAGGUAUGCCCCUGGGAGGUCACUGAAUCAGAAACACGUCAGCCAGACAGUGGCAACAAGGCCGAAAUCUGCCCCUGGGAGAUGAGUGAAGGAGCCCCUGAGUCGAGGGCACUAAGACAAGACCCAGGUGACUCCCAAGAAAAGAGCGGGGAGGCCCGGGGAAAAUCGGAACCCACGGAUGUGGUUCCCAUCAUGCGGAAAAAGCCAGAUAGGCUGGUGAGGGAGCAGGAAGCAGUGUGUCCCUGGGAGAGUGCCGAUCGAGGAGGUCUGUGCCCUGGGUCAGCUCCUCAGGACCCUGGCAGAAUCAGAGACAAAUCUGAGGGUGGGGGCAGUGUGGAGGCCAGGAAGGUGGAGAAGCCUGGGUGGGAAGCUGCUGGCUCAGAAGCUCAUACACCUGACAUCGCCAAGGCAGAGCUGUGUCCCUGGGAGGCAAGUGAAGGAGGCGAGGAUGGAAAACCAGCCCUAGAGGUAGUGAAGGAUCUCCCUCAGGAAAAGCAGAAAACCAGGAAAGCAACCUUUUGGAAAGAACAGAAACCGGGCGGAGACUUGGAGUCUCUUUGUCCAUGGGAGAGUACAGAUUUCCGGGGCCCCUCAGCAGUCUCAAUUCAGGCCCCAGGAAGUUCAGAGUGUUCAGGGAGUUUGGGUAGUGGCAUUGCUGAAGUGUGUCCGUGGGAGGCAGGAGAUGCUCCUGCUAUCCGGAAAGCAGAGAUCUGUCCCUGGGAGUUGGAUGAUAACGUGAUGGGGCAGGAAAUGCUGAGUCUGGGGACAGGUGGAGAAUCUCUCCAAGAAAAGGAAAAAGCCUCCAGAAAAGGAAGCUUUGGAGAGAUGGGGGAACACACUGUGAAAGCAGUGCAGAAAUUAAGUCAACAGCAGGAGUCAGUGUGUCCCAGGGAGAGCACGGUCCCUGGGCACUCCAGCCCAUGUCUAGACAAUUCCUCAUCCAAAGCUGGUGGCCAAUUCCUACGCAAUGGAGGAAGCAGAGCAACACAGGUGUGUCCACAGGAAGAUCUCAGGCCGGAGGCACAGGAAGCAAUACCUGCCAAAGCAGAAAUCUGUCCCUGGGAGGUAAAUGAAAGAACAAGAGAGGAAUGGACAUCAGCACAGGCACCAAGAAGAGGAGAAUCUCAAAAGGACAAGGAGAAAAUGCCUGGAAAAUCAGAAAUCAAAGAUGUCACAGCUUGGGAAAAGCCUGAGGGGCAGAUCCAAAAGCAAGAAGCAGUCAGCCCCUGGGAGAGUGUGAACACUGGCAGCUUCUCCCCACAACCACGUCCUCAAGACACAGAGAGACCCCAAACCCUUCUCCAGAUGUCAGGCAGUGUGGGAAGCAGAGCUGCCGACAUUUGCCCUUUGGAUGUGGAGGAAACCCUGACUGCUGGGAAGGCAGAAAUCUGUCCCUGUGAGGUGGGUGCUGGAGAGGGGGAGGAAAGAGCUUUGGGAGCUGAGGCCAUUAGGAUAUCUCCAAACGAUACAGGAAAGGUUUCUGCAGAUCUUGGACCCAGGGAGACAGCUGUUACUGUUCCAGAAAAGCCACAGAAGCCAACCCCAGAGUGGGAGGUGGCUUGUCCCUGGGGGAGUGUGGGUCCAGAUACUCUGGAUGCUGAUGGACCAAAAGCUGGGUUCCAGGAACUGGACCAUAUGGGGUGCAAGCCAGGUGAGGUGUGUCCCUGGGAAGCACAGGAAGCUGCUACCCGUGAAAAAGCCAAGAUGUGUCCCUGGGAGUUGAAUGAAGGAACUACUGGGAAGGGAUUGGACCAAGAGACAGGGAGUGAAUCAGCAGAGCAGAGGGAGAAAGCUCUAGAAAAGGGGAGACUCACUUCCCUGGGAGAAGACGCAUCAAAAUGGAUGGCAAAACUGUGUCAAGAACAGGAAGCUAUUUGUCUUUGGGAGAACAAGAGCCCAAGGGAAUCCCCUGCUCAGGCCCCCAAGAUCUCAGACUUGCCCAGCAGCAUGAGAAGUGAAGUGGCAGAGGGACAUUCCUUGGAAGCAACAGAGAAGGUGGACCUGAGACAAGACCCAAAGACAGGUUCUUUCCCAGAACACAUAACCCAAGAAAAAGCUCCAGCUCCAAACGCAGAAGAAUUCACCACCGAAGAUGGGGAAAAAACAAGCCAUGAGCUACAAUCUGUGUAUACCUGGGCGACCACUGCCCCAGCAGUUUCCUUCUCCCACCCAGACAGACAGCGCCCUGACCAAGCUAAAGCCAGUUCCCAGAGACUGGUCAGCACUGGGGGCAGGGCCGCUGAUGUGUGUCCACAGGAUGUUCCUGAUGCAGGUGUGUAUAAACCUAACAGAAGUGCCAAGGCCGAGACCUGUCCCUGGGAAGUUACUGAAAGAAUCCCUGUCAAAGGGGUGUCAAGGCAGGAUGGAAAAGGGGACUCUCAAGAAGAGAAAGGCAGAGCCCCAGAAAAAUCAGAGCCCAAAGGUGUGCCAGUUCAGAAACAGCCAGAGAUGGCAGACUUCAGGCAACAGGAGGCUGUGUGUCCUUGGGAGAGUCAACAUGGCAAGGAUCUGUCCCCACAGCCAGCCCCAGAUGCUUUUGACAGCAACAGAGGAAGUUCUGAGGCAGCAGGCAGUGUGGAGACCAAGAUAGUGGAAGUGUGUCUGUGGGAAGUGGAAGAGGCUCCCUCUGCCAAGAAAGCAGAGAUCAGCCCUUGGGAGGUGGGUGGAGGAGCAGCAGAGGAAAGGGAACUGGAACGAGAAUCACAAGGGCAAGGAGAGAUGUUCCUUCAGAAGGCAGGACCUGGAGGGACUGAAGAACACUUCUCAAAAGCAGCAGCAAAGCCCAGAGAGCAGGAGGUAGUCUGCCUUGGGGAAGGCACAGGCUCAGGAGGGCUCUUGCCCCAGUCAGGUGCCCUGGACCCAGAACUCAAAGUCAGCCCCGAAGGAGCAGGCAGCAUGGGGAGCAGGAUGGCAGAGCUAUGCCAAUGGGAAAUCACAGAUCCAGAAGGAAAUAAAAUAAAGGGUACCAUGGCCGACAUCUGUCCUGGGGAGGAAACUGGAGUCCCACCUGAGGAAUCUGGCCUCCUGGCUUUAACAGCAACUCAGAGAGAAUUUUUCCCCACAGUUCCUGAAAAACCACUAUGCCUUUUAGUCCAUGGGCCUCUGGAUCACUUCUUUCCAGAAAGCAAAAUCCCCUGCCCCAAGGUAAGCAGGCCAGCCAGUACUUUCACUCUUGAAGGUGUCAGAGAACUACAAGGACCUUCAGGGCUUGAGCCAAGGACAAGCUUAGCCCCAGAGCCAAGUCUCCAGGAAGCCGAGGCUCAGUCUUCCUCCUUAACUGAAGACUCAGGCCAAGUGGCUUUUGAAGCUCAGUAUGAAGAAUUCACCCCUCCAACUGUCUAUCCUUGGGAUUGGGAGUAA